AAAGAUUCUCUGUUGUAAACAAAACCGAACUAUAGCGUAAAAAGCAAUUUGUAAGAAUUCAAGUAGAAGUGCAUUAAUUUUUAAGAUAAUUCAAACAUUCAAUAUUCUUUGAAACAUUUUCGGAAGGAAUAUAAAUUUCUAUAGAAUUUACGAAUUAACAUGACAUUAACAAAGACUGUGGACCAGGCUACCAUCCUAAGUGGUGAUCGUUCGAAGCUAAAAGAUCUGCUAUGUAAUCGUUUGGCCGAGUGUGGUUGGCGUGACGAGGUGCGUCUGAUGUGCCGUAAUAUAAUCAAAGAGAAGGGCAACAACAUAAAGGUGGAACAAUUGAUUGCAGAUGUGACCCCGCGAGCUCGUGCAUCUGUUCCCGAUGCUGUGAAAAAGGAGCUACUUAUGAAGAUUAAAGCAAUUUUAGCUGCACAAGAAGGAAUCGACUUAUAAAUUGAUAUCAAAGAUAGAGAUGGUGUGAAACAACUAUUUUAAUUAUACAAAUAUCUAUAUAUAAAUGCUGAUAAUACUGUUAGAGAAUCAUAUUAUAUUUAGUCAAAGGAUUAUGUUUUUAAAAUCACAAUUUUUAUUUGUUUUACGUGGACCCUCCUUUAAUAUUUAAAUAAACAAAUUAAGUUUGUGUAUACAAAAUUGAUGAAGCGAA